AUGGUUCAGUCUCGUAAAACACACGGGGCACUUGUCGGCUCCAUUAACCCGCACCAAGAUUCUUUAUUAGGCACAAAAAAGUUCACUGAAUCACGGACCCUUCAACUGACCACUCCUAAUCAGGCGCGCACACACACACAACCCCUCCCUCCCUCACUCCCAAACGUUUUCUGUUUCAUAAUUCAUACUGUUCAUUCAACAACCAAUUCAGUAAGCUUUAACUAG